AUGAUAAAUUUAAACAAAAUAUCAAAAAGUUUAAAAUCAAUACAAUUUUCAAAGAGGACUUUUUCAUCGUCUGUAUUAGCAAGUAAAAAAUUUCAGCUUAGUGAACCAUUUAACUACGAAAACGAUAUUAAGUAUUCACAACAAGAUCAAAUAAACUUUUGGGAUGAUGUAGCCACAAAAUAUGUUCACUGUGGCGAUGAAGCGAAUCCAGAAUGGUUUAAAGGUGGUUUAGUUAAUGCAUGCUAUAAUGCGGUUGAUGUACACGCUAAAGAUCCAAUCACUAAAAAUAGAAUUGCUUUAAUUCACGAAACUCCAUCAAAAGAUAACACAAACACUUUAACAUAUGGUGAUUUAUGGGAUGAGGUUUGUACAUUUUCAAGAGGUUUACAAAAUUUAGGUGUAGAAAAAGGAGAUCGUGUUGUAAUAUAUAUGCCAAUGGUUAAUCAAAUUGUUAUUGCAAUGUUAGCAUGUGCUCGUUUAGGCGCUAUUCAUAGUGUAGUAUUUGGAGGUUUUGCAUCACCUCAAUUAGCACAACGUAUAGAACAUUCAAAACCAAAAGUUGUUAUAUCAUGUAGUUUCGGUAUUGAAGGUCACAAAGUCAAUCACUAUUCACCAUUAUUAGAAAAAGCAUUAGAACUAUCAAGUCAUAAACCAAACCAUGUUAUUGUAUAUAAUAGAACAGAUAUCAUUCCAGAUACUCCAAGUCCAAGUAUCAAAAAUUCAAUUGAUUGGUAUUCUCUUAUCAAAAGUUUAACUCCAUUAAGAGACUUUACUCCAGUGGACAGCACACACCCAUUAUAUAUUCUCUAUACUAGUGGUACCACUGGUAUGCCAAAAGGUGUUGUUAGAGAUACUGGUGGUUAUAUGGCCGCAAUGAACUAUGCAAUUAGAACUUGCUAUGAUAUGCAACCUGGUGAUACUUUCUUUUCGGGCAGUGAUAUUGGAUGGGUAGGUGGCCACACACUUUCAGUUUAUGGUCCAUUGGUUACCGGUUUAACAUCAAUUAUAUUCGAAGGUAAACCAACUAUCCCAGACGCAGGUGUUUAUUGGAAAAUGAUUGAAAAGCAUCGUGUUAAAGCCUGGUUCUCAGCACCAACAGCAAUUAGAGCAAUUCAUAGAGAUGAUGCUGAUGGAAAGAUCGCAUCUAAAUACGACUUAUCAUCAUUACAAUCAACAUGGCUCGGUGGUGAACGUUUAGAUCUCGCCACAUUUAACUUCCUAAGUAAAGUUACAAAGAAACCAAUUCUUGAUAACUAUUGGCAAACUGAAUCAGGUUGGCCUAUGAUCACCAAUGCAUCAGUUCAAUUUCCAAUAAAACAAAACACGACAGGUAAAGCUUUCCCUGGCUAUAACUUUUUCGUAUUAAACUCAAAAAAUGAACGUUUAGGUGUCGAUCAAAUUGGGGAAGUUUGUGCCAAAUUACCAGUUCCACCAGGCUUUGCUAAUACACUUUAUCUCAACCACGAAGGUUAUAAAAAAAGCUAUUUAGAUUCAUAUCCAGGGUAUUUGCGUACAGGUGAUUCCGGCUUUUUCGACAAAGAAGGAUAUUUCACAAUUAUCAAUCGUGUUGAUGACUUUAUCAAUGUUGCAGGACAUCGUCUUUCAACAGGCUCAAUUGAAGAGAUUUUAGUUAAACAUCCAAAGAUUGUGGAAUGCGUUGCAAUUGGUGUUAACGAUGAAAUUAAAGGCGAAGUACCAUUUGGUUUAAUUGUAUUAAAACCACAAUAUAAAGACCAGAGCGAUGAAAUUGAAAAAGAAUUAAUUAAACAAGUUAGAGAAACUAUUGGUCCAGUUGCAACAUUCAAAAAAGUAAUGGCUGUUAAUCGUUUACCAAAAACCAGAAGCGGCAAAAUUUUAAGAAAUAUUUUAAAAAAAAUGUAUAAUAAGGAAGAAUAUGUAGUGCCACCAACAAUCGAAGAUAUGGCAGUUUUAGAUGAAGUAGAUAAAGAAUUUGAAAAAUAUAAAUUAGAAGAAAUAGAACAUAAAAAACAUAAAGAAGAAAAUAAAAAAUAUAAAGCAACUUAA